CUUAGCCGUAUAAAAAUACAUUUAUAUAUAUAUAUUCCUCAUUCUUGUCGAAAUAUUUUUUCCCGCGCUUGGUAUUUCUAACCACCUACCACAAAAGAAUGCCCCCGAAAGAAGAUAACGUCCAAAAGCUCCUUGCAGCGGAGCAGAAACGUAAUCGAAUGAUAGCCGAGGCCAAGGCACGCAAACAGCAGAAGUUGAAGCAAGCUAAAUUAGACUCAGAGCAGAAAGUGGCGGCAUUUCGGAAGGAAAAAGAAGAUGAGUAUCAAGCGUACUAUAUUCAACAAAAUAGCGGUGCAGAUUUAGAGAAAGAGUCUUGUUUACGUGAGACCGAGAAUCAGCUGCAAGAACUCAGGACUCUAACAGAUUUUCGCAUGGAGAAGGUUGUAAAUAAGACGGUGCAGUUUAUAAUUGCGAACAUUGAGUAAAUAGGUUGAGCAGAGGCUGUGAUAGUUUGCUUUUUUGGGUUUGUUUACUCUUCAGCUUUUAUCACGGUCAUUCAAGUCGGUGUAGUGUCCUCCUGGCCAACCCUUAUCUGUUGCUUUCAAGAAGAAAUUGCAGUCGUUUAGAUACAUGUGGCUUCUAAGAAGAGUAAAAAACUGUAGUAUGCGGGUUCAAAAUAAUAUACAAGCAGUUAUUCAUACUAUUCUUACUUUAAUAGUCAUGCUGUAGAUCAGUACAUAGUUGACCCGUUUAUAUUAUGUCUUGGGCAAACACUUUGGAAGAAGUGUCAGUGAAAAAAGAACUCAGACCGUAACUGAUGUGGCGCGGUGAGAUUGCCUUACCAAAGCAGUCCUACGA